CUUGUUCGCAUUUCUUACUCGGAUCUGUCUACUGCACUUUACACAAUGGCCUACCAGUCUAAUCCCACCUCCAAUGAGGUGCAUCGCACCAAAGCGCCACUUGAUAUCAUGUUCGUCCAAGACGCUACAGGGAGUCAACAGCCGUAUAUCGACACUGCGCGCAACGGGAUCACCCAGAUUUGUAAUACUCUUUUAUCUGGGGGGAAAUUCACUCUGCAAGACCUGAGAUUUGGUCUUAUUGCCUUCCGUGAUCAUGCUCCUCAAGAGCACAGCUUCAUCACCGAGGAAUACCCUUUUACGUCCGAUGUUGGAAGUUUUGUGUCUAACUUGGCCAGCUUAACAGCGGCAGGCGGUGGAGAUGAACCUGAUUGUCAAAGCGAUGCUUUAUCCGCUGCCUACAAGGCUGAUUGGAGGGACGAAGCGACAAAGGUUGUGGUGCUGAUUACCGAUUCACCCCCGCAUGGAAUCGGAGAGGAUGAAGACGGCUUCCCCGAAGGGUCUCCACUUAACAUUGACCCGCUCCGUGUUGCGACGAGCAUGGGAAAAGCUGGCAUCACUCUGUAUGUGAUUGCGUGCGAGCCUACUCUGAGCCAGAAUUACAAGAGAGCGCGUGAUUUCUACCAAGGAUUGGCUAAGAAAACGGGAGGCAAAGUGGUCAACCUGAGCGAUCUUAGGGUGCUGCCCACUCUCGUUGCUGGUUCUGCUUUAGAAGCAGUCGACAGCGAGAUCUACGUUGCCAAGCACCAGGUUGAAGUUCGCAGCAUGGCGAACAAAGAAAAUGACAAUGCCAGCGAAAUUGCUCUGAGGCUACACAAGAACUUCAUGGCUGCAGGCGUCCAACACAAUACUCUCCUUGUCGAUAAUGUGUAUCACAAGAACUUCGUGACUUCAGGCAUCCAACACAGCACCCUCGUUGUCGAUAAUGCAUGCGAACAGCGUACGCAAGGAGAUCAGAUCGUCGACAUAUGGUUCAAUGCUGAGAAUCUCGGCGAAGCAAGGAACAAAAUCCAGCAGGUAAAAUGUUGAUGAAUGUUGUGUUAUUAAUUCUCAUAACUCCAUUCAGGUUGAAGGCAAUCAUAUUCUCGAAAAGUACCAGACAGCACUGGCAGAACAAUCAGCUGCUGUAGAGACGCAGCCUAUCAACUUGUCCCAGGUAAUUUUUGCCUCGCUCAUACCAAAGUAUUACUGAUCCCUUUUACAAGGUCGAGGCUGUCGUUCAGAAGUGUCUUGUGAGAGAAUUAUGA